UAGUAGUUGAUUAUUACACAGGAAGACUACACGAGAAGCAGGGUUCUCAUGGAAAGACCCACAAUAUGCUGUAUUAAAAAAGCAAAAGGUCUAAAAGAAAACAGGAAAAUGAGAGAACUAGGUUCAUCUUGUACUGGAUCACUUGGAAGAAUAAAGUUACACUUGGAAAGGAUCUUAUAAUGAUACUUUUAAAAUUAACCUUGAUAUCAACACCAAAUGAGACAGCUUUUCUUGGAGAAACAAAACACUUUCGGCAAGGCAUGGAUAUUAAGAUAAAAGUUUUGCGCUCUAGCUUAUGGAUAACAGGACGUGCCCUGUGACACACCAAGACUUAUUUGUUCAGUCCCGUCAUUUCAAAUAAAACCGUUUCAUGACCCGACCUGAAUUCAGGAGCGCUGAAAGCUACAUUAGGAAGCACAGAUUUCCUGGAAGUUAAACGGUCCACACAAGAAGCUGCAGCGAAAGGAAAAGGCGUCUUCCUUAAGUAUCCUGAGGGACGCGAUUGGCCAACUAGCGUUAUAUCCUGACUAAAGCGCAGCUCUCGCAAAGUUACUUACCCACAGAAAACGUUCAUUUAGGCUUCCUGCUGUAAACAAAACCCUUAUGUAGAAUGUUAAACACGAAUAAGACCUUUGUAUCUUUACAUUUACUAGAACGAUUUAGCGACUCUACAACGCUUGUACAACGGGACUUUAUAUUGCUUGCUUGGGUGUUAGACCGCUGUAGAAGUAGAGCCUGAACACUUGAGUCUAAAAAUAAAAUGGCUCUGUACUCGCACCGUAAUUCCACCGCCCCAGGACACAAAAAAGCAGAGUAGGUUUCGCACAGAGAUCCCAGAACAAAUGACAGAUGAAGCGCCGCCGCCCUCCUAACUUUUCACCGUCGACCGUUUUAACCUACAUGUCAUACCUGCCUUCGAUAACUCAGGAAAGCCGUUGGCCGAGCACGCGCAAUGACGUUAUUCCCAACGACUAAACACGCGCAUAUUUCAGUUUUCCGAGGAGAGGCAAAGUGAUGUAGCCUGAUUCAAGCGUGAUUGAGAGAGGCAGACUCACCGAUCUAUAGUCUACGAUAAAUGAUCAGGUCCACAUCUUUCUCAGUUUUCUGGAAACACUAAAAAUAAUGAGGGAGUGCAUCUCUGUACACAUAGGCCAAGCAGGUGUACAGAUGGGCAACUCCUGCUGGGAGUUGUAUUGUCUGGAGCAUGGCAUCCAACCUGAUGGCAUGAUCACCUCUGGCAGCACUUCCUUGGCUGAUUCCUCUUUUGGCACUUUCUUCAGUGAAACCGGAGCUGGGAAGUAUGUACCCCGAGCUGUCUUUAUAGACCUGGAGCCAACAGUUGUAGAUGAGAUCCGCAAUGGACAUUAUCGCCAGCUUUACCACCCAGAGCAGCUGAUCAGUGGCAAAGAGGAUGCUGCCAAUAACUAUGCCCGUGGCCACUACACUAUCGGCAAGGAGAUUGUUGACUCUGUGCUUGAUCGAAUGCGGAAAAUGGCUGACCAGUGUACAGGUCUACAGGGAUUCCUGAUCUUCCACAGCUUUGGUGGUGGAACUGGAUCUGGGUUUACCUCUUUGUUGAUGGAGCGUCUGUCUGUUGAUUAUGGCAAAAAGUCCAAGCUGGAGUUUUCAAUCUACCCUGCUCCCCAGGUUUCCACUGCAGUGGUAGAACCCUACAACUCCAUCUUGACCACUCACACCACACUUGAGCACUCGGACUGCUCCUUCAUGGUUGACAAUGAGGCCAUCUUUGACAUCUGCAAGCGCAAUCUAGAUAUAGAACGUCCCUCCUACAAUAACCUCAACAGACUCAUCGCACAGAUUGUGUCUUCGAUCACGGCUUCUUUACGCUUUGAUGGCGCUCUUAAUGUGGAUCUCACAGAAUUCCAGACCAACCUGGUUCCAUACCCUCGCAUCCACUUUCCCUUGGUUACCUACUCCCCCAUUAUUUCGGCCGAAAAGGCUUAUCAUGAGCAGCUGUCUGUAGCGGAGAUCUCCAAUGCUUGUUUUGAGCCAGCCAACCAGAUGGUGAAAUGUGACCCUCGCCGUGGCAAGUACAUGGCCUGUUGCUUGCUCUAUCGUGGUGACGUGGUGCCCAAAGAUGUCAAUGCUGCCAUCGCCAGCAUCAAGACCCGUCGCUCCAUCCAGUUUGUGGACUGGUGCCCCACAGGCUUCAAGGUGGGGAUCAACUACCAGCCCCCCACGGUGGUUCCAGGAGGGGACCUGGCAAAGGUGCAGAGGGCCGUGUGCAUGCUGAGCAACACCACGGCCAUCGCAGAAGCCUGGAGUCGCCUGGAUCACAAGUUUGACCUGAUGUAUGCCAAGCGCGCCUUUGUGCACUGGUAUGUGGGUGAAGGGAUGGAGGAAGGAGAGUUCUCUGAGGCCAGAGAGGACAUGGCUGCCUUGGAGAAGGACUACGAGGAGGUUGGAGCAGAUUCUGCUGAAGCUUAUGAGGAAGAGGAAGACGAAUACUAGAACCGUCUGCUCUUGUAGCAGAGGCUUUUUGUCUAG